GGUAGACGAUUUACCAAGCAGGUCAGUCCGUGUGUUCUCUAGCUGAACCGUUAUAAUCAUCAGGCAUUCCGUCUUACUUUCAGUGCAUUCUUGUUCUGCACCCAUGCGGCUAGGAUAUAAGACUUUCGUAAACCGCCAGCCAUUGGUCAGACUGUCAUAUGAGCACAAAAAGUUUUUUUUUUUACUUUUGCCGUGGCCUAAGUUACGGUGUUCCAGGCAGUCUUAUCUGGGGUAAAUAUAGUCUAUAGUCCACUGUGCGUAUGGACAUUCAUAGCGUUUCUGUUUGACCUCUAUUCUCAACAGAAAUCUCGUUAAUACUUACAAAUGUUAUCUGUUGGACAGAUGGAAGGUAAUCGACAGAGUGCUUUCGUAUUAGGCAGUACACCACUGACAGCGCUGCACAACAUGACCGAGAUGAAGACUUCUUUAUUCCCCUACUCCUUACAAAAUCCCUCGGGGUUUAAAGCAUCAUCACUCACCAAUAUAAACGCACAGAUUCCCCUGGGAACACCACAUGGAAUUAGUGACAUCUUGGGCAGACCUAUCACCAUGGCAGGGCAACUGCUCUCGGGUUUUCCAAGGAUAAACGGAUUGGCAGCCUCUGCUGGAAUGUACUUUAACCCUGUAUCUCGGUAUGCCAAACCACUGACGGAACUCCCGGGAGGAGCGCCCAUCUUCUGGUCGGGAGUCAUGCAGACCACCCCUUGGAGGGAUUCACGGGUGCCAUGUCCCGCUCAAGCUAAUAUGUUGCUGGACAAGGAUGGAAAGAAGAAGCACUCAAGACCAACAUUUUCAGGACAACAGAUAUUUGCUUUGGAGAAAACUUUCGAACAGACUAAGUACCUUGCCGGUCCAGAGAGAGCUCGUCUUGCUUAUUCCUUGGGCAUGACGGAAAGUCAAGUCAAGGUUUGGUUUCAAAACAGGAGAACCAAAUGGCGAAAAAGACACGCUGCAGAAAUGGCAACUGCUAAAAAGAAACAAGACUCUGAAACGGAGAAAAUGAAAGAGACUUCGGACAUCGAGGACGAUGACGAGUACAACAAGCCUCUGGACCCAAACUCAGAUGAUGAGAAAAUUACGAGACUCCUGAAAAAACACAAGACUAAUCUAUGUCUCAUCAGCCCAUGCAGCAAUAGCUCGGACACAUUAUGAUGGCAUCGUUCCCCAGUCGGCUGAUUUAACCAGGGUAUAGGCUAAAAGCUACAGAAAUAUAUGGAAUAAAUGAAUGGGUAUAUUCGUUUUACAGACGAACUGUGAAUACAUAUGUAUAGUUUUUAUGACUUAGUCUAUUGUUUAUUACGAACAGUCCUAUAUGAGACUUUGCAGCUUCAAAAUAAAAUAAAUAUUUGAAGGUCUAGGCUAUCUGCUGUCGGAAGGCUGUAGUCUAGUCUAAUACAGGACAGAUUAGUCCUUGCAUUGGCUAUUUGUAUUAACUUUAAUUUCCUUGGCUGUACGAUGUCUCUCGGGUAGGCUAUUGUAAAUUAUUGUGUAUAAGUGUUUUAACAAGGUUAGUUUUCACUAAGGUGAAUUUUAUUCUAAUUUAAAGCGUGUGAUAUGCCAGCCCCACAACAGGCCUGCAUAUACAGAUGGAUUUUUGAAUGUUAGAAAUAAAAAGUAACGGCCUAUUUGGGCCUACUUAUGGAAAGACGAGAAAGAGAAAACUUUGUAUCACAAAUAAAUUAUUUAACAACAUUUUAUGAUGUCCAACUGGUAUUGAUAGUUGCUUAUCUCAUUUUCUCCUAUUUUGUGGAGCCUCCUGUUUCUCUUAUUAUAUAAUAUUAUUAUUAUUAUUAUUAUUAGUAGUAGUAGUAGUAGUAGUAGUAGUAGUGUUGUUGUUGUUGUUGAAUUAACACAGAAUUUGAAAUGCUUUGGUAACAACCUUCCACAAAUUCCGGGUUAGUAAUAGCCUAUAGUCUACGUGAUUCUGCUAUAGCCUACUACACAUAGCCUACAUUAAGGACUAAAAUCCAUACGACCUGCACGGGUAGCCUUAGUUUGUGGUUAACAUUAAAAUUAUGUCGGAUAGGCAUGAUAUCAUUAUUCUUUGUCAAAGGACAGUUGGGCUUCGAAGCUUAUCGCCUUCUGUUUUUCACAUCAUUUGUUGUAAUAAGGACGACUAGGCUACUCCUGGAGACGCACGUGAUACUACAAGGUCUUAAACCAGUAUCUGCGUGGGUGUAUGUUUAACGACGUUGUGUAGCUUUUGGUGGCAUGACAAUCAAUGCCUAAAUCUCCUUUACCAGGUAAUUAAAUACUUCCCCUGACGCUGGAGCUACAGAUAAAGUUUUUAAGUAACCUACUUCCUAAAACAACUAUUGGAUGAUCAUAUAAACGCUGAUGCAAACUUAAAGAUAAAACUAUGCUAACGGCUGCAACGCACAGAGCUAUCUAUAUGAAGCAAUCAUUGAGGGUCUAAGUGUUAUCAAUUGAAAGAUCAAAUCUUUACAGCCCUCCAAAAAUCGCUGGUUUAAGCUGUAAUGUACGACGACAGAUGGUACAUCCAGACAUUGCUUCAACGGUUGCAGAGGGCAAAGGACAGUCACAUCUCCAGGUAAGCUGCUUUCCAUCUGUCCACAUUUUUUUUAAAUGUAAUUUCGUAAUAAAAUGUUCAAAACAAUACACAAGAAAAUCUUAACUUAUCAAGAGCCAUAACAUUGCCAUGUAAGACAAUGUAAUAAACCAGUGUCAAUACAUUAUGGGCAUGGUCAAUUAGCACGGUCAAAUACAAAUACUAACAAUACAAAUAAACUUAGCAAUGUAAGCAAAUGUGUUUUUGCCUUGCACCUUUUCUAAAUGUAUAAAAAUGGUUGCAGACUGUGAAGGCAAAUCUUCCAUUUGAAAACAUAUUUCAGAGUAAAGAAAUAUUAGUUAUGCAGUUUUGCCAAUGACUGUAUUAAAGGUCUAUGUGUAAGAAAUAUUCUUCACUUUUCCUGUUUGAGAUGUUGAGGGUGAUGAGGAGGCUGGGGUGCACAGAGUGAGGUAUGAUACAAAGUUGUGGUUCUUCCAGAUAAUCAAAGGUCAUGGCAGUAAGUGGCACUUCAGUGACCCAUUUGGCAGUGAAAGUUUCUUAGUGAAAAAAUUUGAUUUGAUGAAAGUGAUUUCAUGUGUGUUUGACUGCGCGCGCAUGUUUUCUCUCUGUAUUUUCCAAGGCAAGUUUUUUUUUUGAAAUAUCCUAUUCAAAUUCUCUUUCUUAUUAGGAUACACACAUGUCAUGAAGGGCCCUCUUAAUAAGGUUUUAAUGAAUAUUUCUUGCAGAGCAUAGUAAAGGUAAAUAGAAUCCAUCUAAGUAUAUGAGAGUUUUUUCAUCAUACAUUUUGAUUUUAAAAUAAACUAAAGAAUAAAUAAACAAAUGAAUGAUGAAAAGAUGUGGCAGGCAACUAACCACCCAACUGGCAAACUGAACCAAAGCACCACCGGUUCACACCUUAUUAUCUGGGGAAAAUAAACCAAAGUGCAUCUACUCGAUAAGUUAGUGAUAGAUCAUUUCACAACCAAAACACGUUGGUUUUUACAUUAAAUAAAAUUUGAUGUUAAUAUGUAUACAACUAAAUGCUACAUUUUGUUUGGUAUACUAGUGUGACCUCUGUAAUAACUAACAUAACAAACGUUUAAUACAAUAAUACCACUCUUGCAGUUUCCACUGCUAUUAAAGGCAGGGCAAGUUUAUUUAUAUAGCACAAUUCAUACACAUCAAAGUGAUUUACAAAUGAGAAGAUUAAAAAAAAGAUAAAAAGGUAAAUUCAAAACAGCUGAAAUAACAUACAAAUAUGAAAGAUUAAAAAGGAAGUGUGCAAUAGAGCAGCUAAAAGAACCCAGGGAAAAAAAUAGAGUGCAGUUAUUAACAAAAAGUGUUGGGUUUUAAGUCCUAGAUUUGAAACCGGCUACAGUUGGAGCUCCUUUGAUGUCAUCAGGAAGUUGGCUCUAGCCCUGAGCAGCAUAGGAGCUAAAAGCUGCUCCACCAUGUUUAGUUCUGACAGUAGGUAUGCUAUUACCAACAGAUUUACUAAAAACAUCAAGAGCAAAAAUAUAUAACAGUAUUCAUGUCAUUGCCCACCAGUAUUUCAGUGAAGGCCAUGUCAUUUCAGGUAGCUAUACAGCUAGUCUAGGGUUCCAGUCAGUGUAAUGACCAAGAGAGGAUUAAGCUUGGCAAUCGGCAUAUGGCAUCAGGAAGUACAGUGGGCGAUUUCGCAAGUUUGGCCACUUGCAAAGAAAUGUGUGAUCUAUAAUUGUAAUGGUAGGUGUAUUUUA